AUGGACUUUCGGCCUGGCUCAAAGUUUACGGAAAAAGUUCCUGAAAUUAUAUGGGGAGAUUUUAUAUCAAAUACGUAUCCUCGAUACAAAUUACCUAACAAAUGGGAAGAGCUAAUUAAUAAUACUUUCAAGCCAAAAAGCUCGUUAGUAGAAUGGAUGAAAUCUUGGCGUAAUCUUCAUGUAAAUUCAGAUGAGAAUGAAAGUGAUGAAGACCUUGUUAUAAAGGAUACAAUAUAUAAUAUUCUUUCACCAUACAUUAGAGCAUUUAAAGCACCGUAUAACUUACUAAAAUCAGGGGACCUUGAAGAAAAUCAGUACAAUUCUCAGUUUGUAAAUCCGAUACUUAAUAAUACUCUUGAUGCUAUCUGUAAUGUUGACUGGCGAAUUCUCGAAGUUCCAAUAGAAAGCAGUAAACACCGACGUAAUACCAAUCUUAACCCAAUUAUCGACACGGUUUUGUCUGCUAAACGAGCCGAUGGUUUAGCUCGUCUUUGGAAAACCCAUGAGGAAAUCUUUGUAUAUGAACAAACCGGUCCACCAGACUACGAUGAUCUUACUCAAUUUUACCUUCAUGAUUAUAAGCUGAUCAGAACUAUGCGGGAUGUAUUAAAUAAACGAAUAAUUUUUCAACUUAAUGACGGAACAUGUGAUAACAAGGAUCUUGCAAGCUUUGGGGCCUUAGGUCACUGCACUGAUGUAUCAUUGUUUUGGUGCACAAUACAUCAAAAGGCAUAUUGUCUGCGUGAAUUCGGGGGCUUUAAGGUUCCUCUUAUUUGGGAAGAUUUACCGAUCCUAUCUGAAGCAAUUAUAAUAUGUUUGAAGUUUUUUUCCUUUAUGAAAGAAAAUAUACAAAAACAAGAAUUAUUGGUUGAUCCAGUGAAGAAAUUGCUUACUAAACGAAAGAUUCACUCA